AUGUCUAGUGCUCCGCGACGAGGCCUCUUCGUCAUCUUUCCGAUCCUUACAUUUUGCUUCAUAUAUUACCUCAUUCGACUGCCUGAAUCCAACUCAACAAUCGUGAACAACUCGGAACAAAUUCCUCAAGCCGGAGGGGAAACAAUUGUGGUAGGGGAGGAGAAGCAGACAAGUCCUCCACGUCCUUCCAAAGAGGAGACAUUGGAGGACAAAUGUGGCCACUUACUACACGCACUUGACGAUGUCUUGGUCGUAAUUAAAACCGGCGCGACUGAAUCCCUCGAAAAAGUCCCUAUCCACAUCCGCACCACGCUGGAAUGUGUCCCACACUUCGCUAUUUUCUCCGACUACGAAGAAACCAUCGACGGUGUCCGCACAUAUGACGUCCUCCGCAACAUCAGCGAGGCCACAAUGAAAAAAGAGCCCGAAUUUGAAAUCUACCGUCAUCUACAACAAGUCGGACGCGAAGGCCUAACAGACGAAGAAUGGGGCGACGACAUGAACGGCCCACUUGGCAAGGUCAACAACCCAGGCUGGAAACUCGACAAAUGGAAAUUCCUCCCAAUGAUCGACGAAGCCCUAGAAGUCAUGCCCGAAGCCAAGUGGUACGUCUUCCUCGAAGCCGACACCUACAUUGUGUGGCCGAACCUGAUCAGCUGGCUGGCGCAUCUCGACCCAGAUCGCGAAUACUACCUGGGCAGUCCGAUGCAAAUCGGCGAAACACUCUUCGGCUACGGCGGUGCGGGCAUCGUCCUCUCAAGCUGGACGAUGAACCGCCUGCACGAGUACCAGAUCGGGGCAAAGGAAGAGCUCGAAGCGAUGACCGCACACGAGUGGGCAGGCGACUGCGCGCUGGCGCGAGUGCUGCACGACUUACACGUUGAUCUGACCUGGGCCUGGCCGAUGAUGAUGAUUUCACGACCGUGGGAAAUCGACCAUUUCUCCGAAGGAUACGGGCGACAGCCAUGGUGUUACCCUGUUAUCUCGUACCACCACAUGGCGCCGACAGAUAUCGAGGCGAUGUGGGAGUUUGACCGGGCGUUCUUUGCUAGUGGGAAGAACGCGCUCAUGCUGCAUGCGGACGUUUACCAGAAACUUGUUUACGAUGAGACUUUCUCGGCGCGCGACGAUUGGGAUAACCUCUCUGGGAUCAAGAUUGAUUUUGCGGCUGGCACGAUUCCUACGCUGGAUGUUUGUGCGGAGGUCUGCGCGCGCAAUGAUGACUGCUUGCAGUAUUCGUUUAAUCACAUCGAGGGUGUUUGUAAACAUGCUUCUACUACCUUUGCGGGCGUUGCUACCAAUGGCACGCAGUCUGGUUGGAUUACACAUCGGGUGAAUAAGCUUCUCAGGGCAUUCCAGUCUUCAUGCAAUGAGGUGCAGUAUAUCCUUGAUUGA